CAUCACUGUUUGAUAAUUUAUAAGGGUGGAAGCUCUUUUAAAAGAUCUGGCAUUUCAAUAUCCACAUUUGAAGGAACAAAUAUACCAUAGUUGAUAAUUUACUUUCCAAAUUUUAACCUUCCAUAACAAUACGAGAACCGAAUCAGAGCGUGACUACAAUCAUAAAGUGGUACAUUGAAAUCCAUAACCAUAAUAAUUUAUACAUAAAAAGUGGCUAUGGAUCCAUUUUUACAAACCGCAAUUGCUGGCCAAACCCUUCCCAAUGAAUUAGAAGAUAGCCCAACGCAUAUAAAUGUUACUGGUGUAUCAUCUAGAACGGAAAGUCCAACAGAUAUAACUGAUGUUGAUGAGAUUACCAAUCCAAAGCCAAUUAUAACUAAAAAAUCAUCAGAUCGUCCAAAUUCCUUGCUAUCAUUACUCUCUGGUAAACAAAAGACCAAAAAACGGAAGGUGGUAAAAAAGUCCGAAGUGGAAGAUGUUGGUAGUAUCCCAACAUUAUCACAGCCAUCUGAAGAUUUAACCGAAGGAGAAUCAUUUGAUUCUUCUUUUACAGAAAUUCAAAGUAAUGAUUUACGUAAAGAAUACGAUGUUAUAGAGCUCGAGAAGCGAAUUUAUUCAGAUCGGAAGUCAAGGGCAGUUUCAGCUAAAGACUUUCUUGGAAAGAGGGCCAAACCAGUUGAAUCCACUUCAAUAUCGAUAGAGGAAUCUGAUACAGUAAUAGAGAUAGAAAGUGAAGAAGAAAUAGUAAUAGAAACGGAUGAUAAAAGUAAAUCGAUCGAAGACAAGAUCUAUGGAGUACGAGAUGUGAAGAGAACAUCAGCAAAGGAUUUGUUAGGGUCUUAUAAGAAGAAUAAAGUGUUACCUAAACAGCCAAGUGAGAUCGUCUUGGAAGCAAAUUCAACUUCCAAGAAGAAUGGAUCUCAGAAUAGAAACUUCAAUGUCACUUUAAAAGUGUCACCAGAUCGAUUACGUGAAGUUGAGAAAGCUCUUAAUAAUCCAUUUUUCACCAAGGGAUCAACAACGGGCAAUUCUUCCAAAUCAAAUGCAUCUAGUGUAUUCAAAACAAUGAUGUCUCAUUCUCAUAUGAAUACGCCCAAACUAACACCACUACAAAAACUUAAAGAAUUGUACCCCAAAGAUCUUACUAGAGAGCAAUUUCAUGUCAUACCCACUGAACCAUCCCCUGAAAUCGAUGAAAACUACACUUUUCCACUUCAAAGAAAACCUAAACUUAAUAUUCCAGUUGAAGGCUUAUUGAAUGGUACCAACUUUUUCCAACAUUUACCAUUGAAUAGAGAUGUAUCACAAAAUAUUUAUGCCAUUACAAACCAAAAAGUCACUGAAGACACCCCAAAAUCAUACGAAAACAAAGCUUUACAAAGAAUAUACGACGAGUUCGUGGUCAAUGUGGAAGAAGAAGAAGAAGAAAUUAGAGAGAUUGCUACAGACUCUCAAUUAUGGACAGAAAUCUUUAAACCCAUCAAAACAGAUCAACUUUUGAUUGAAAAGAGUGCCAUCAAUCAUAUCAAGAAUUGGAUAAACAAUUCAUUUGAACGAUUGAAGGCCCAGGCAUUGUCAACACCAAGAAAUGAAUUGAUAAAAAAGAGAAAGCAGCAACAACAACAGAAGUUGCUGUCAAGUCUUCUUGAUGGAUUUAUUGUAGAUGAAUUUGAAGAUGAAGGGGACACCGAAUCAGACCAGGAAGUAUUUGUACCUGUUUUGAUUAUAAAUGGUUCAACAGGUACAGGAAAAUCUGCAUCAGUCUAUGCGGCCAUGGAAGAGAUCCAUGGAUACGUACAUGAAGUUAAUUCCGGGCAAGCCAGAUCCAGAAGAGACCUUUUCAGUACAUUAAAAGAACUCUGCACCACUCAAUUAGUGCACCAAAAAGGAGAUAAAAAUGAAUUUCAAAAGGGUAUUAUAUUAUUUGAAGAUACAGAUGUAUUGUUUGAACAAGACAAAACGUUCUGGACAGUUGUUCAGGAUAUGAUUAAUAUUUCAAGAAGACCAAUCGUCAUUACAUGUACGGAUAUUUCUACAAUACCGAAAAACAUUGUGGAUUUUGCUUCUGAAGAGAAUGCAAUUGUAAAUAUUGAUCUUGAAGUAACAUUGUGUACAAGAAAUGAAAUGGUGGAUUAUUUAAAAUUGUGCUGUCAAAGUAAAGGUUUUCACUUGGAUAGAGAUGUUAUUGAAAGCGUUGUUGAUCAAUGCGCCUCGAAGACAACUUUUGAUUUACGUAAAUCUCUCAUGUCUUUGCAAAUAUUAUGUCAAGGCAGAUGUACGAAAAAUCAUAUCAGUUUCAAUACUGAUAUAGAAGCAGCAAGCCCACAACAUACCGAUGAUAUAAAUGAACUUUCUAAAAAACUCGAUAUUCUUUCAAUAUCAGACCUUAUCUCAAAUAACACCCAUUCGCUCAUCAAGACGCACGAACAACAUAAUGAGUUACUUGAUUUGUAUAUCAUUGACGAAAGUUUACUCCUCAAGCAAGCUACAUUACCAUACGAAUUAGAUAUAGGGAAAAACCUAAACAAAACAUUAAAUUUACCUCAAAAGGAAAUCUUGCAUAAACAAACAUUCAACGGAGUUAGAAGAGCUAUUACGGACUAUACUGGUUCAAGAUCAAAAAAAUUAUCAAAAUUCAUCUUGGAAGCUACUAAUUCAUUUCAAAGAAGAUCAACUAGGUCAUCUGCAAAUCUGGAAUCAUCCUCACAGAAUGAGUUAGAAUGGCAGCCAGAUACGACUGGUACACCAGAUUCAUCAAUAUGCCAUUACCUUUCACCAACGCCUUAUUUAUUGGAAUUGGCGCCAAUUUGUAGAAAUUGGGCAAGGUUUCAAGUUUCUUUAGAUAAGGCGGAGAUAGACACCUACAAUAAACACAAGGUAAGUGUUAAGAAAUUUUUGGAAUGGAGACAGUUCCAAGGUAAUCACAAUGAUGUAACAAAUACAUUCAACUAAUCUAUAGAGAAUAAAAAUAAAUGAUAUAUGCAUUGUAGAGUCUUUCCAUCUUCUUCAUAUUACUUCCACCCCAAGCC